AUGGGCCGUGGCAAAUUGGUUUUAGAGCUUAUCCCAAAAGAGAAAGCACGAAGAAUCACCUAUGAAAAGAGGAAGAAGGGCCUGAUGAAGAAAGCCCAAGAGUUCACCACCUUGUGCGGUGUCGAUACAUGCAUGAUUAUCUAUGGCCCUGUGGGGACUGCCGCCGACACCGAGCCCGAGAUCUGGCCUGCAAGUCCUGAGAAGGUGAAGGGUAUCAUCGAGCAGUACAAGAGCGAGGGGGUGGACCUCCGUGCCAAGAGAACGAUCGGGUUGCCCGAGUUCUUCGCGAAUCGGAAGAGGAAAGUUGAUGCCGAGCUCACCAAGGCAAGGCUAGCGAACUGGGAGGCCAAGUACCCAGUCUCGGAGGCGCUGAUUGAGGGCCUCUCCGAGGAAGAACUGAGGAGGCUGUUGGGUUCCCUUGGCCACAAGCUCGAGGCGGCCAAGAUGAGGCUGGCCAUGAUGAAGGAAGAUGCGAUGGAAAGAUAUGAUCGUCACAUGCAUGAUCAUGUGUAUUAUGGCUUGUUUCAGAACCAGAUUGUGCCAACCCCAAUGAAGCAGCCACCACCUGAUGUCAAACCAUUACAUCUCGACUUACCAUAUCAUAUGCAGCAACAACAACACUCCAUGUUUGAUCCAGACUCUGGCAACUCUUCAAUCCCGAUGCCUAGCGAGUGGUGGGCACAGAGGACCCAAUGUCCGAACCACUGCCUCGGUGGCAAUGUCUUGCCUGGGCAGAACUUCCAGAUCGCCACCCACCCCAGAGGGGAUAAUGCACUUGGAGACGUCGGCAUACAGCCCCAUUCCGGGCAACAUGUCCCUGGGGAGUACUCUGAGCAUCGGGGCGUGCUACAACGUACCGAUGGUCCAGCCAACCGCACCAACCCCGUCGUUCUCGGUGAUGCAGGGCGAUCCCGACCCAGCUGA